AUGCUUUCGCUUGGAAUAAAGUUCAGAGACAGUGCCUUGAAUGGAGGGGCACGUAUUUUGAACAGUAUUCGUGAGAGUUCUUCCUAUUUAGGAUUCUUAAAGCCUAACGUUGGUGCGGUGGUUAGCUACAAGAGAUUAGGUAGAGGUCCUGCUUCUGGUAAGGGUAAGACUUCUGGACGAGGUCAAAAGGGUCAAAAAGCAAGAGGUAAAGUUCCACAGUUCUUUGAAGGUGGUCAAACUCCUUUUUACAAGAGAUUCCCUAUUGUAGGUUUCAAGAGGCCACAUAGAAAGGUUUACCACGAAUUAAAGUUGGAAAGAAUACAAGAGUUCUGGGAUAAUGGAAGAAUUCCCUUAGAAGCUGGUGGAGAUUUGACUUAUAGAAUCAUGAAAGAAUGUGGGUUGUUAACUGGUAGCAUGAGAGAUGGUGUUAGAAUCAUGUCAGAUGGGAAAGAAACUUAUAAUGUUCCAUUAAACAUUGUUGCAUCUAAGGCUACUGGAGGAUCCAUUUAUGCUAUUGAAAAGGCUGGAAAUAAAUUUACUGCCAUGUACAUGACUAAAUUAGGAUUAAAGGCACAUUACAAACCUGAUUACUUUUUAUUAAAGAAGGGUUAUUUACCCUUACCAGCCAGACCCACUCACAGAAGAGACAUUGAAUACUACUCAAACCCGGAAAAGAGAGGUUAUUUAUUACAAGACAAAUCCAUCUUUUUAGAUUACGUCUCUGAUGUGACCGCAAGAAAGAUCUCUGCAAGGAAGAGUGCUUUGGAUAGACAACUUGAAAAUGCUGAAACCAAGAGAUUCUCCAGUUAUGGAUCUCACAAGGUCGUUAGUCUUCAAGAUCUCUGA